AUGAGGCUAGCCACAAAGGAACAAGAAAUGCAAGACCUACUGGUGAGGACUACAGAAAACAAGGCUUCAUUCAUAAUGCACUGUACAACCACCGCUUGUAUGGGGUAGUUUUAUUGCACAUUCAAAAGAGACACUGCGUAAACUCAUGGUCAAGUGUCUGACUGGGAUGGAGUGGUACGGGAGGGAGACAACCUUCAGUGGUAACAGACAAUUGUCAUUUGUUGAUCCAUAGCAACCAGAGAGCAGUUCAGAACUGUCCUGGAACAUUUGUGAAGACUUGCAUGUAUUCUUCACAUUUGAUGAACGGUUUCGAUAAACUCAAGGAACUGAAUUAUAAACACUACCAAAAAAGCAUCCAUAAACAUUAAGGUACAAGCAGUAUAAUUAUAUUUUUUUUUUUUAUCAGAGGAACAAUUUAGACAUUUGGUCAGUUACUGAUAUACAUGUACUUGGAUUGCUUGCACCUUAUAUUUGGUAACUACAUGUACAUGUACAUGUAUACUUAAACCUGUCUACUAAGGCCACCUUGUUCAUAAGGGCAGGCUCUAUCACAGUGCUUCAGUAAUGCAUGCUCAUUAGUCUGAGUGAAAACUUGGUAUUAUGGCAGUUGUUGAAACAGCCAGCUUGUUCUGCCCUUAGGUGGCUGUUGUACAGAGGCUAGAUUAUAAAACCCAAAUUGAGUUUAUUGCAAGGAAGAAAGAAAAAUUCUAACUCAUGGUGUUUGUCGUUGAGAGGCUUACAAACAUCAAGUUACUGCGGUUUUUUGGUAUGCUGAAAAUGGUGGCAGUGAACAAUACAAGACUCUGUCAAAGCUGGUGAGAAAUGUGCUUGGUCCCCACAAAAUUAUGAACUAAAAAAAUUGACAAGGCAGCACAUUUGAAAUUUCAAAAUCAUAUCUACAUAAGUUGUAAACUGCGGCCCAAUAGCCAAGUGCUUAUACAAUUUUGUAAGGGGUUUUAGAAGGGCUCAUAAAUGGGGGGGCUUACAUCUGAGGAUGCUUUUAACCCAAACAGAAAAAGGGCUUCAAAAUAAGCUAUAGCAUUGCUGAUCAAAAUAUGUUUUGCUGGUUUUCAAGUAAGUUUCAAAAAACCAUAAAAAAAAUUGAAUUCUUUUAAAAACUAACAACUCAAAACAAUCUGGAACGUAACAAAAUGGCAGUUCAGACCUUUCCCUUGAAUGUCAUCUGUAUUCUCCUGCCAUAAAAAUUUACAGCAGAGUUUGAACUUACAAUGUAUUUGGGUUUUAUGUCUAGAAUGGGAAUUCUCAUAAGAAAAAUGAUUGACUUCUCAUUGUUACUGCAAAGUGUAUUUUAUUAGAGGAAUCAUUCCCAAUUAUGAACCAGAGUUUCUUUUGUUCUGCUCAUUUAAUUUUAAGCACACUCAAAGUUCAUCACACCAUUAGCAUUGUUUCAGUGAUCCAAUGACUCUUGAUCUUGGUUAAGUCUUGCUCAUUUUCUGAUCUACAUGUAAGGCCUGCAAACACUUCCACUUUGUCUUAAGAAGGUUUUUACUCAUGUAAGUACUUGUAUGUGGUUUGGAUAAAGUACAGCGCAUGUGCACAGUUCACAAAUACAUUGUAGGAAAUGAGUAAGCUUGCUUUGAUAAAAAACAAAAUUUAUGCCUGCUGAAAGUUUAAAAUAUACUGGUAAUUAUGUUUGAAUGCAUACCUUCUGCCCCAUUGUUGUUUUUUAACAAAAAAACAAUUUCAAUGGAUACUCUACACACUUUUUGUUGGUCUGAACAAAAUUGUGUACAAUGUUCGUUCCAGUUUAUCAGAUGAUACCAAAGUUUUAAAGGAUGGAGAUUGUGUAGCGCAGUUAGACUAUUUCAGGACCCCUCAUUUAUGAUUAAGUAGGGCAUUUGAUAUUCCUUCAACUUUUUAACUCCCAGAAGUGUUCAACAUGUAACUUCUCCCCUCAAUUUUCAUGUAUUUUCCAGCAAACAGGUAACGAGAAGACUAACACAUCAGAUACAACUUAUCUUGAUCUGACAAGGAAAUAUGUCACAGCUAGAGAGGAAAAUUGACAGUCAGAACUUGGGAGUCAAAGGGUUAAACCCUGCCCUUAAUGAUCUUAACCACCAUGCAUCCUUUUCUACAAAACAUUCCCUUCAGGAAAAAGUUUUUCUUUAGUGGUUAGGUUUAUAGGAGAUUGAUAGGAACUGCAUUUUAGGCUUUCUUUCUUUUGCGUGUAGGACAUCAUAUUCAAUACUAACACUACUUGAAGCACCCAGUUACAAGGGAGAGAGUAUGAAGGAUAAUAGAGUAAAAAAUGAGUUAGAGCUUAGAAUUGUCAUGGUAGGUUAGUGUCAUUGUUGCAUCCUUGUAGUAAUCUACCACUUUGUUCAGUGCUUGAAAAGCGAGGGCAGAUGGAAAGGUAGUCACAUCACAGUGUACUAGUUACUCGUGCAGGUUCAAAGUGAAAAGUGGAAGGCGGGCAACGAAGCAAACAUUUGUUAUUUGUUAUCCGCAGACGCAAAUCCACGAUUUAAAACAAGCUCAAAAUCCAUCCUCGAUCCAGCUUCGCUCCACCCUACUUGAUCCCGCGGUUAAUUUGUUGUUUCAACGAAUGAAAACGGACUUGGACUCUGAAAAAGAGAAACUGGAACAAGCUCAGAACGACCUGAAUGCGUGGAAGUUUACCCCUGACAGGUGAUGGGAAAUUCCUUUGCUUAACUUUUGAAUGUAGCCUCUGUAAAGAUCCGACUAUUUCAGCGGUGGUUGAAAAGUAUUGGCGAUCAACCUUGCUGUCAUAGAGACGGUCAUUUAAUCCAAAAGCUGUGGAGCCGUACAAUGUUUUUAACUUUCUGGAGAACAAGUACCUUUUCGGCAAGACCUUGUGGUCUUAAAAUUUCGUUGGCGUCUGCGACUAUACAACAGUGCUCGUUUAAAAAACCUUAGUACAAGUUCUUCGCAAAUCCAUCUGUGCCGUGCUCGUUGUGAUCGUGGAAAACUUUGAAAGUUAUCGCAUUACACACUACCAUUUUCAUACUGUGAAUAGUUUAGAAUUGGCGUGUAGAUAAGAGAAACCCACGUAACGUUAUUGAAAAUGUUUUGUGACACCAACAAAGUAAGACCGAGAUGGAGGGGUCGUUUGAGCAUUAAAUGUAACAAAUAUAUCAAAUUGUAGGUAAUUAAAAACGAUUAGACUGUAAAAGGUCAUGGAAAUUCUGGAAUUUUAAAACCCCGAUAGAGUGCGAACCCUGUGUGCAAGUUCCUGAGCGAACAUGGAACUUCGCGAACAUCCAUCGUUUGAAAACCACACCCAAGUACUGUUUUGGCAUGAGGUUUUCGGCAGUUAUGUCUCUCCACAUCUGUCUGUGUUGGUAUCAUUAUGCUCUCAUAUUGAAAAUGAUACCUGUUCUUCCGACUGCUUUGAAGGCAACGCGCGUGUACAAAUUAUUUUAAUUUCACAUUUUCGACUGUCAUAUUUCUGAUACUUUGAACUGUUUUUUUUUUUUGUAGUGUCACGGGAAAGAAACUGAUGGCAAAAUGCCGCAUGCUGAUUCAGGAAAACCAGGAGCUUGGUAGCAAGUUAUCUCAGGGAAGAGUGGCGCAACUGGAAGCUGAGCUUGCUCUUCAGAAGAAAUACAGCGACGAGUUAAAAGGCAGUCAGGAUGGUGAGUGCGAAAAUGAGCUGAUUAUUCAUCACUAUUCCCAAAUUUCCCUAUACUGUGGUGUCGUUUAGAUUGAGAGGAGGUGCCGCAAAGGGCAGCGUCUUAUAUUUUUUCGCUGGUCGUCGCUAAGUUUUUUUUUCUUUUUUGGUGGGGGGUGGGGGGGGGUGGGGGGCAUGACUCAUGUCUCGAAAAGCUCAGUUGGGUACAAUGUUCUUCUGCAGUGUGGUGGCAUUCGUUACGAAGUGUCACGGUUGAAUGCUUUCUUGAGUAACUGCUCAUUAAACGGUGUUUCUUGUGAUGUGGUAAAAAAAUCGCCUUGUUCUCCCAUUUUAGAGUUGAAUGACUUCGUCAUCCAGUUAGAUGAGGAAGUUGAAGGCAUGCAGUCAACCAUCUUAACACUUCAGCAUCAAUUAAAAGACUGCAAACAGCUAUUAUCUCAAUCACAGGAGAACGUGAAGACUUACGAAGAUAAACUAAAGACCUCAGAAAGGUUGCUCGCUGAAAUGCGACAGCAAAACUCGCCUGUCAGCGUCAAGUUAGAGGACCAAGAUAAGCAUGUGCAAGCGCAGGCGCAAACGCAAGGGCAAACGCAGUCAACGCAAGGGCAAACGCAGUCAUCGCAGGCGCAUUCUUGGACCGAUAGCGCUGAAUGCGCGACAGGCGAUACAACAUCCCCGGUUGCCGCGAAAAGCGAAGAAAGCAAAGAAAGCGAAGAAAGGAUACUGCUUAGCGCAUCAGUAACUGUCCCGGCUAUGAAACCCGCGAGCGUUCCCUCGGCGUUUUCUAUCAGCCAGUUAUUGGCAACUGACUCGAACCCUGGGAAGGAGAAUAAAACCGAGCAUGCGCAAGACAAUUUAGAGAACGGCGGGAGUAACCAUGAAAGCUCGCCAUCUGAACCUAUUGACAUGGGCGAGUCCCCUCUUGUCGCGGCAAUGGGAGUGGUGGAAAGAAUUGGGAGUGAGCCAAACACUUUCAAUGGGGAGGUGACGGGUUAAAUUGCGCUUUCCUAUCCCGUAUUACCCUCCAUUAGUCUAAGUUUUAGCCUCACCCCUACCCCACCCCGACAUUAGUAGACAGUCAUCGUUCAUCUUCUGAUGUGCAUAAAGGCGCAUGAGAAGCAGGUCUUUCUUAUAGGACGUUUUGAUGUCGUAAAUUAUUAAUAAAUAUGUCUUCUUUUUUGC